CGGGCGCGGAUCUGGGGGCGGUGGCGGAGCGCAUGGCGGUGAAGCAGGCGGUGCAGCGGGGGGACGUGGAGGACGCCAUUGACCGGGUCAACGACCUCAACCCCGAGAUCCUGGACACGGGAGCGGGGGUGUUCUUCCGUCUGCAGCAGCAGCGCCUCAUCGAGCUCAUCCGCGCCGGCCGGGUGGGCGAGGCGCUUGACUUCGCCCAGGAGGAGCUGGCUCCCCGCGGCGAGGAGAACGCGGCUUACCUAGAGGAGCUGGAGCGCACCGUUGCCCUGCUGGCGUUUGAGGACCCCGCCACAUCAGCACCUGCCACGCUGGCAGAGCUGCUGGACGUGAGUCAGCGCGACAAGGCGGCCGCUGAGCUCAAUGCCGCCAUCCUGGCGAGCCAGGGCCAUGAGAAAGAUCCGAAGCUACCGAGUGUGCUGAGGAUGCUGCUGUGGCUGCAGGGGCAGCUGGAUGGCAGAGUGGCAUACCCCAAAGUCACCGACCUCACCUCAGCGCUCCUGCACGACCCGCCCUCGCUCUAA